AUAUAUUUUUUUAAAAUAGCGUAUUGAACACGAAAUGAAUCAAUACACCAAUUAAUUCAUUAUUGAAUGAAUUGGUGAUAAUGACGUCACGAGUAGUUUCGACAUACAUUGCUCUUUCACGCGCGUUUGGCGCCACACCACGAAUGCUAGCGAUGCAUGCUAACUCCUAGCUCCUUUUCCCCCCCCUCUCGACGAGCUGACUGCUUUAAAAAGAUUUGACCAAUGGAGAAAGUUAAGCAGGAUGCUACUUUACAAACUGACAGUGAAAGUUUGCCACUUGCCCCCAAAAGACCAAGGACAGACUGUACGUGGAAGUCUCUGUUGACAUCACAAAUCUUUGAUUCCCCAUCAUUGAUCUCACCUGGAAAUGCAAGUCUAGUAUUCACAGAACAAAAUGGACAUGCUAGGGCUGGAAAAUCAUGUGAACAAGCUCAAGACACUGAAAUAAAUGUCAGCCCCGCUGCUGAAGUCAAAACAACCCACACAGCAUCUCCCAACGAGAACCGCUUCCUUCAUAGCAAACGAUAUGAUUCGCAAGUCCAGCUUUUAUCAGGGUCUCAGACAUUCAAAGACUGCACCAGUGAGAUGUCCAGUCGUAUUGAGUGGCAACGACACGAGAAAUCACUUGAAGACAAACCUCCUGGUGAUUGCAGCGUGCCUUCUAAAAAUGGAAUUUCAAUUGACAAGGAGGUCGAAUGUCAGUCUGAUUUCUCUCGUGACGACAGUGUUGCCAGUUUAAGUACACAAAGGGAAAGUAAUCACAUGGAGGACGAGCACAAUUUUGCUGAUAAUAUUGUCCAAAUGGAAGAAAAACAGAAUGAGAAGCGAGACAAAUCGCAAUUAUUUGACCUUACACCUGAUGAGGACAUCCCUGUAAUCUUGGUAGAAGACAAAAGCAAAGUGAAGAUUUACGGUGGCCCUGCUGUGUGCGACAGGGAAACGAAUAACGACAAUGGAAGGAGUGCUAUCUCUUCUUCCGUUGAAUGUACUGAGGGAUCACUUAUCUCUUACGACAGUGCAUCAGCCAAAAAUAUUGCCACCCAGACAGGUAGCACUGAUGACAUUGGGUGUGCAAAAGGAGAGCUUGGUGAGCUGACAGCCGAAGCACAGGGCAAAAUAGUUGAUCACACACCGGAGAAUCACAUGUCUGCGAGGUUCUGCCGAGAGUGUGCUGAAGGAGAUAAUGAUGCACAUCCUCUCAGUGUAAUUGAUCCUGUAGUCUCGGAAGAAACUGUCAGGGAGGCUGAAGGGAAUCACUUCAAUUCAGGGAGCAGCGCAAGUGAAGUAUUACCUCCAUCAGUAAAAGUCUGUGAGCUGGAAACACCUCUUGCUCUCAUAGCUGACGGCAGAACAUUAGACACGGCAGUGCAGUUGUCUAACCAGAGUGUACCACUGCAGCAGAAAGACGAAAAAGAGAACUUGAGUCAAUUAUAUACCCAAACUCAGUCAUACUGCGUUGGCUCCAGUGAGACACAUAACACAACAAGCUGUGACGGCAGCUGUCCUUCGGCAUCGAGUCCACAACGGCCUAGAAAACCUUUUCCAGCUGGGGACGGAAUAGAAGAAAGCAGUGGAAGUAUGGGACAUCAUGCACACGAGCAGCCCAGCUGUUUGCCUGUCAGCUGCGACAAUCCGAAGGCUCAGUACGUUGAGCAUCCCUGGUCUGGAACUGGCACGACAGACGAGCCAGUCUAUAUUCAAGAGAUGGCAGGUCUUGCUAAUGAAUGUGGACUGUAUGAAUAUAAUAUGAAUGCAGAGGAAACAAUGCUGCAACACAAUAGACAAGACAAUGACGUCAUGACUGAGCAACCACCCGUAGAGGGCUUGACAGAGGCGACCAGGCGAAUCGACGAAGAUUCGCAUUGUUUUUUCACUGAAUACCAGCAAACAGAUGAGACGCUGGAAGACAAAGAUGAGCUUUUGGCCGCGUGCUUUCCUUCAAUCAACGAUGCAGUCGUACCAGGCCCACACGAAUUAAGCCCGAAAUUCUGCUCACAAAGCGAAGACAUCGCAGCGGUUCUCAAAAAUAAGGACACAUUGUCACCAGUGCCAUCUGCCUUCUGCCUCUACACUGCCAUGCCAGGGGGCUUUGACAACUUCCACAAGCUCCAACUGUCACCAGAUGAUGAUGAGGAUGAUGAUGUUGGCCAAGAUCACACCAGCAUGGCCAUGAAGCUAAUCAAAUCCCCCCAAUUGAACCCCUCCGUGUCAGAAUCAGAGGGUGAUGAGCAGGAGCAGAUGCCAAAAGAGACUGAGAUGGACCAGAUCCAUGAGAAGGGGGGCACAUUUGAGUGUCACACUGACGACUCGGCCAGUGGAAGUUUUGACAGUGCUACCAACUGUACUGAACUUGUCUCAGGGCAGGAACUCAUUGCUUCAGAAAGUCACCCAAAUGAGCCUGCCACUGAUUCCUCUGGGAGCAACGAACCGCGCUCGAUCCAGUACCCAGAAUUUGACAUGAAAAAAGAAUUUGACUUGGUCUUGAAGGAGCUGAAUCUGUAUUUCCUUAUUAGUAGAAGUGAUUCUGUAUGCGUCAAUGAAGCGCCAACACUUGAGGAGUGCAGUGAUGUGAUGUGCUGCCAAGCUUCUCAGGGUAAAGGUCACAUCAGCAGCGCAGAACCGGCGCUCCACUGCAACCAAGCUUCAGACCCUGAUGAGGACCGCACUGUGCAAAUAAGUGUAACAGAUCCAGAGUCAUGUCGUCAUGGUGGUGAACAGGAAGUGCCCAAUGGCCGCCACCUUCCCCACGAAGCAUCAGAUCCCUGGCAGACAGAGCUGAAAAGGACAGCGGGCUCCUUUAUGUGUCUCCCUCUCUUGCAGCCGCAGCACCACACGCUGUCGUGGCAGGCCAAGAAACUGGAGCCUCUGAGGACAUGCACACGACCAAUCCGUCUGGGACUAUCCAAGCGAGCCAAACCCAAAACCCUGCACUGUCUCCACCCUUACAAAUGUACCAAAUGAAGUUGUCGAGUGUUCACGGGACUGUUUGUAAGUCACAGUCCAUCGUUUAUUGGACAGUUGUGAGUGUCGUCUGGUAAGUAAAAUCUUCUCUAUUUGCAACUUACACCCAUGAAACGUUUAAAAAGCAAAAGCUUGUUUUAACUUCCCAAUAUUUAAAUUUUUUACGACCCAUUUUGAACCGUUAAUAUGACUUUAAAAAGUUUGUGAAUCAAUAUUUAUAUACAACAUUUAUGGUUUAAAGAAUUCCAAAACUUACAUCACAUUGCUCAUUAUGCUUUUUUCCGUAGGCGUUUUGAUACAAUAUGCAACUUGUUCAAUGUUUGCGUAGGAGUACUUAGUCAGGCUACAUGCAAUGUUUUCUGGCAUUCUGUUUUGCUUUUCAUUAAAAGCCUUCCACAACAUAGCCUCCAGGAAUUAUAUUGGUGCUUGGAUGGAAUUGAGCCUCGGUUUCACAGAACUGGACAUGUUUAUGAAAUGAGCACGAUACCAGCAUGCAGUGCAUGAGUAUGAAAAGUCAAACAGGAAAACAAGGAUUGCGAAAAGCCUGACAUUAAGCUUCAUGUCUUAUUUGCUUCUAAUGCAAGCUAAUGUUUGUGUACCUGUGCAUCACGGCACUCAUCAGUGAUAUAUAAGAAUAAGCAACAUUUUAUGAAUAACAGCUUUACUUUAAAGCAGGACUGUCCAAACUUUUUGACAUGGGGGCCACAUUGGGCUAAAACUAAUUAUUAUACAUAUAUAUACAUAUAUAUAUAUAUAUAUAUAUACUAUAUUGCCAAAUGUAUUUGACCACCCAUCCAAAUGGUCAGAAUCAGGUGUCCUAAUCACUUGGCGUAUAAACAGGUGUAUAAAAUCAAGCACUUAGGCAUGGAGACUGUUUCUACAAACAUUUGUGAAAGAAUGGGCCGCUCUCAGUGAUUUCCAGCUUGGAACUGUCAUAGGAUGCCACCUGUGCAACAAAUCCAGUCGUGAAAUUUCCUCGCUCCUAAAUAGUCCAAAGUCAACUGUCAGGUUUAUUAUAAGAAAAUGGAAGAGUUUGGAACAACAGCAACUCAGCCACCAAGUGGUAGGCCAUGUAAACUGACAGAGAGGGGUCAGCGGAUGCUGAAGCACAUAGUGCAAAGACUUUGUGCACAGUCAGUUGCUACAGAGCUCCAAACUUCAUGUGACCUUCCAAUUAGCCCACGUACAGUACGCAAAAAGUUCCAUGGAUUGGGUUUUCAUGGCUGAGCGGCCAUACAUCACCAAGUCCAAUGCAAAGCGUGGGAUGCAGUGGUGCAAAGCACGUCGCCACUGGACUCUAGAGCAGUGGAGACGCCUUCUCUGGAGUGAUGAAUCACGCUUUUCCAUCUGGCAAUCUGAUAGACCAGUCUGGGUUUGGAGAUUGCCAGGAGAACGGUACAUUUCGGACUGCAUUGUGCCGAGUGUGAAAUAUGGUGGAGGAGGAAUUAUGGUGUAGGGUUGUUUUUCAGGAGUUGGGCUUGGCCUUUUGGUUCCAGUGAAAGGAACUUUGAAUGCUCCCUGAUACCAAAACAUUUUGGACAAUUCCAUGCUCCCAACCUUGUGGGAACAGUUUGGAGCGGGCCCCUUCCUCUUCCAACAUGACUGUGCACCAAGCAAGGUCCAUAAAGACAUGAAUGCCAGAGUCUGGUGUGGAUGAACUUGACUGGCCUGCACAGAGUCCUGACCUGAACCCGAUAGAACACCUUUGGGAUGAAUUAGAACAGAGACUGAGAACCAGGCCUUCCCGACCAACAUCAGUGUGUGACUUCACCAAUGUGCUUUUGGAAAAAUGGUGGAAAAUUCCUAUAAAGACACUCCACAACCUUGUGGACAGCCUUCCCAGAAGAGUUGAAGCUGUAAUAGCUGCAAAAGGUGGACCGACAUCAUAUUGAACCCUACGGGUUAGGAAUGGGAUUGCACUUCAAGUUCAUAUGUGAGUCAAGGCAGGUGGCCAAAUACUUUUGGCAAUAUAGUGUACAUAUAUAUUAAGGCUGUCAAAGUUAACACGAUAAUAAUGCGUUAACAAUAAGGGCCUUUAGCGGUGAUAAAAAAAAAUGUAUGCGCCAUUAACGCCCUGACUUCUUUUGGACCCACGGCCUAUUCCAUAGCGUGGGAAAAUGUAAUGGCAAAAACAGCAAGCAGAAAUGUACAAAACAAUUGGGACAUUCUAGAAGUCUCAGGUCAUGCCAUGACAAGUCGUUCUAAGGAAAUGACAAUUUUAUCUUCCAUUGCCGUGAGACGACGACAUUGGAACGAAUGCUGCUGGCGAGCUGUGCCACUUGUAGAGAGGAGGAGCUUCCUGUCCGUGUUUACAUUACAGUUAAGUGCAUUAAUAACAUAAAAUGUAGAUUGUUACUCAAACUGCUUUAGUAAAAUGGAAUAAAAGCUCAGCAGAAACAAAGACGGUAGCGAGGAAGUCUAAAGUCACUUUUAUCGGAGACUUUCGUCAAAAUACACUACCGUUCAAAAGUUUGGGGUCACCCAAACAAUUUUGUGGAAUAGCCUUCAUUUCUAAGAACAAGAAUAGACUGUCGAGUUUCAGAUGAAAGUUUUCUUUUUCUGGACAUUUUGAGCGUUUAAUUGACCCCACAAAUGUGAUGCUCCAGAAACUCAAUCUGCUCAAAGGAAGGUCAGUUUUGUAGCUUUUGUAACGAGCUAAACUGUUUUCAGAUGUGUGAACAUGAUUGCACAAGGGUUUUCUAAUUAUCAAUUAGCCUUCUGAGCCAAUGAGCAAACACAUUGUACCAUUAGAACACUGGAGUGAUAGUUGCUGGAAAUGGGCCUCUAUACACCUAUGUACAUAUUGCACCAAAAACCAGACAUUUGCAGCUACAAUAGUCAUUUACCACAUUAGCAAUGUAUAGAGUGUAUUUCUUUAAAGUUAAGACUAGUUUAAAGUUAUCUUCAUUGAAAAGUACAGUGCUUUUCCUUCAAAAAUAAGGACAUUUCAAUGUGACCCCAAACUUUUGAACGGUAGUGUAUGUCAAGUCUUUUCUCAUACCAAUCACACAAGUCCGGCUUCACAAUAACGGGCUAUGCUUCACAUCCGGUCUAACCACAAAACAACGGAAAGUAGUCGUACAAUACGAUACAGCUUUGUCAAAGCUGUUUGUAAUGAUAUUCUGUGAUAUUUCUACCUGAGUAAAUGUUUUCUGGCAGAUUGAAAUAAAGUGUAUUGUAAUAUGUACAGAACAUCAGAAGCAUUUAUUCAGGUCGAAAUAUCACAUUAUACGUUACCAAACAUCUUUGACAGUCAAAGCAUGAUCACAACAAUUCACAUUUUGUGUUAUUAAUGUGUGAAACUGCUAUCUAAACAUGCAAGUGUAGCUCCUCCUCUAAAUGCAAGUGCUCCUACAGCAGGAAUACAAAUUCUGUAAUCCCACAAAAUACCAAAUCUGGCAAGACACCUACAUACUGCAGGUAAUUUUUUUAUUGUCUUUAAAAGCUUGUUCAUGUGCUUUUUGUGGUUAGCUUUUAAAAAAAUGAUAAUGUGAAAAAAAAAGUUAAUUAAAGCAAACUAAUUGUCUUUUAAGCAAACUUAAAAAUUAUCCAUCAUACAUUUGUUAAUGACGAAAAUUUUUAUCUAUUUGCAAUUAUCUCGAUUAAUUUUGAGUUAAGUAUGAAGAAACUGCAAUUAAUCGCAAUAAAUAUUUUAAUCGUUUGCACAGCCCUAAUAUAUAUAUGUAUACAUAUAUAAAUCUUAAUGAAUAUAUAAUGAAUAAUUAGUAUAAUUGGAUAUCAAGAGAAUGUGAAAGUUUGACUCUGACCUUGUUUACUUCCGUUACAACCUCCUUAAAGUUUUGUAAUCAAUCAGAAAUAUUAAGCAGCUAAAAUGCGCCAAAUAUGGAUAAGUGUGCAGAGUGUUUUGCAUUUUUCCCAUCAGGCAUUGUAAAGGAUUUAAAUGGGGGUCAUUUUGAAAAAUGUAUGGAGCAAGGACGUUUUUUAUGAUAUCCACAAAGUUCAGUGAGCAGGUUGUAUUAUGUGUGACCAUGCGUGUGGACUUUUUGUGAUGGUAACCUUUUUUUAGUGCCAUAAGUGGAAAAGGUUGUUUGGAUUGGGUCAUAUACUGUAAGUAAAUACUGUGCUGUAUAUGUGUCUAGUUCAAUUCAUGGUCAUUGAUCUGAUUCACUCACAAAGUCCACAAGAUGGUGUCAACGCUGUCGCAAUUAAACUGGCAGUUAUAUCAAAUUAAGCAGGCCUGAGUACUUAAUAAACUUGUGAUGUCUGGCGGGCUUAACUGAAGACGCUGCAGUUUGGACACCCCUGCUUUAAAGGAAACCUGUGAGGAUUAUCUUUGUUUAUGAUUUAUAAAUGUUGUUACAAUGUUGACAGUAAUGUUAAACAAUCCCAAAGUGUCAAAUCAUAACACUGUAUUGGAUGCCUGUGUUUUUUGUAAUAUUUUUUUAACUGUGUCAUUUGUAACGUCACACUUUGACAGGCGUACUCUCAGGAUUAUUCUAGUUAGUGUAUGCUGUGGGGAUGUGGAAGAAACCAAUUCGUAUUUUUAUUAGGAUUCUGAAUCGAUUCAAAAUAUUGAAGAAUGGAUUUUAAAAAGACGUUUUUAGGCCCUCUCCGCACUUACUCGCUGCGUGUAUAUGUCAAACUUUAGCACAGGGAUGUCCAAACUUUUUCCACUUUGGGCUGCUGAUAUGGAAAAUGUACCAAAGCAGCAUUUCAUCAACAAAACAAAUAAUACAUUGACUUCAUGAAGCCAACCCAACAGAGUAGGCGUAGUCAGAGGAGGAGGCUGUCUCAUCAAAAUAUUAUCCCGCGGAUAAUAUGUGGAUUUCUGGAGUAUUUUAUUAAAUAGCACAACUAAAGUGCCCCACUGGAAUUCAAUAUCAAUUUAAAAGUUUUGGAAAUGGGCAGCCUUGGGCCCUUUAAAAUACACAAUGACCUCACCUAGUUUUUUUCUAUGGUGUCUUUUUUAAUUCAAGGUACAUUAAAUAAAUGAAAUUUCACACCCACAUGAAAUUGGGUCCAUAGUCCAUGACCCUGACUUACUGUUUAAUCAAAUUACAUUGUGAAAGUGGACUCGCGCUGCAGUGAAAUUGGGACAAUAGAUUGCAUAAAACAGUUGAGCUGUUGGUGCGUUCCGCUACAAAGAAGGCAAAUGUUUUAGUGAUGUGCCAUACCACUGCGAUAUUGUGCAAAUAUACCCAACGUGUCUGUGAAACUUUUAAAAGGUGUGUAUUUUCAAAGAAUAACAUAUCUAUCUAAAAAAACAACAACAGUAAAAUUGAAGAAAAAGGAGCAAACAAUUGGAAUGCAAUGAUAAAAUGUUUAAACUACUGAUAAUAUUAUACUUAGUCACCUGUAACACAAAGUUAUGUCUUUAAAUACAAAACACAAAACCAGUUAAGUUGACAUGUUUUGUAAUUCGUAAAUAAAAACAGAAUACAAUAAUUUGCAAAUCCUUUUCAACUUAUAUUCAAUUAAAUAGACUGCAAAGACAAGAUAUAAUGUUCGAACUGAGAAACUUAAUUUGCAAAUAAUCAUUAACUUAGAAUUUAAUGGCAGCAACACAUUGCAGAAAAGUUGGCACAGGGGCAUUUUUACCACUGUGUUACAUGGCCUUUCCUUUUAACAACACUCAGUACAUGUUUGGGAACUUAGGAGACCAAUUUCUGAAGCUUUUCAGGUGGAAUUCCUUCCCAUUCUUUCUUGAUGCACAGUUUUAAGUUGUUCAACAGUUCGGGGUCUCCGUUGUGGUAUUUUAGCCUUCAUGGGCUUUUCAAUGGGAGACAGGUCUGGACUACAGGCAGGCCAGAAUAGUAUCCGCACUCUUCUACUAUGAAACCACGCUGUUGUAACACGUGGCUUGGUAUUGUCUUGCUGAAAUAAGCAGGGGUGUCCAUGAUAACGUUGCUUGGAUGACAACAUAUGUUGCUCCAAAACCUGUAUGUACCUUUCAGCACUAAUGGUGCCUUCACAGAUGUGUUAGUUACCCAUGCCUUGGGCACUAAUACACCCCCAUACCAUCACAGAUGUUGGCUUUUGAACUUUGCGCUUAUAACAAUCCGGAUGGUUCUUUUCCUCUUUGGUCCAGACUAUGUCCACAGUUUCCAAAAACAAUUUGAAAUGUUGACUCGUCAGACCACAAAACACUUUUCCACUUUGCAUCAGUCCAUCUUAGAUGAGCUCGGGCCCAGCGAAGCCGGCAGCGUUUCUGGGGGUUGUUGAUAAACGGCUUUCGCUUUGCAUAGUAGAGUUUUAACUUGCACUUACAGAUGUAGCGACUAACUGUAGUUACUGACAGUGGUUUUCUAAAGUGUUCCUAAGCCCAUGUGGUGAUAUCCUUUACACACUGAUGUCGCAUUUUGAUGCAGUACCGCCUGAGCGAUCUAAGGUCCGUUAUAUCAUCGCGUACGUGCAGUGAUUUCUCCAGAUUCUCUGAACCUUUUGAUGAUAUUACAGAUCGUAGAUGGUGAAAUCCAUAAAUUCCUUGCAAUAGCUCGUUGAGAAAUGUUGUUCUUAAACUGUUCGACAAUUUGCUCACGCAUUUGUUCACAAAGUGAUGACCCUCACCCCAUCCUUGUUUGUGAAUGACUGAGCAUUUCAUGGAAGCUGCUUUUAUACCCAAUCAUGGUACCCAUCUGUUCCCAAUUAGAAGUAAUGGGCACCCCUGGCAAUGGCUAAAAUAAAAAUAGCUUAUUCUGGAGGCUACAAUACAUAAUAAUACUUGAUUUUGUUUUCAUCUAAAGAACCCUUAUUUUAAAUGUGUGACGGCUUUUAUUUUGCCGUGGUAAAUGUAUUUUCCAAUGAAUACGUUCCACAAAAGAAGAGUUCACAUCAUAGUUGUCAUGUUGAUUAUUUUUGAUCAAGUGCUGAAACUGAAAGGAUAAUGCAUAACGCAUUAGUAUAUUUUCAUUAGAUGUAAUGGUAAGUGGACGUUAUCACAGUGAGGGAGUUCCCAGAACAUUCUUGUGCUCAUGAGAGCGCUUGAACAUGCAAAACACACCCUCACACCAAUUGAAUCAAGCAUGAUUUGAUUUAUUUGCAUGGUUCCUUUGCAGGAGGAAACCUGCUGUAUAUCUUAGAAAGCUUAUUAUUAAAGCUUGACAAUAGUUAAUAGGCAUGAAAUUCACAAAGCAGUUAAUAUAAUGCUUUGAAUUACUACUUUCCACUUCGGCCUGGGCUUUUUUAAUUUCAGACAACAAACAACUUGUAAGAAAUGAUUGUGUACUCGCUCAUUUGCUGGGAAAACAUGACAGCUGUGUGCGCCACAGUAUCUGCUCGGUGCCUCCGUGGGCAACAAAAUAUCUUUACAGUGCUCACAGCUUUCAACCAGUGUACACAGUAUCACAGUUGCAGUGUCAAGCUGUCGCUGUGCUGCAUCGCUGCAAAGCAAACACACAUUGCAGCACCGCACUGUAUGUGCACACAACCAGACCUGUAUGUGUUGCCCUUUGCAGAUCAGAAUUAAAAUCAGAAUCAGAAUAGUUUUUAUUGCCAUUGUUUGAGAACGGGUUCACAAACUAGGAAUUUUUCUUGGUGCAAUCGUGCAACAUAAAACACAUAUAACACAGAAUAGGUAAUAAAAAGAGCUGUACUGAGCUAUCAGAUCUUGUUAUUGUUCAUGUGCCUGAUGGCCGAGGGGAAAAAAAUGUUCAGGUGGCGGGAGGUGUGGGUCUGGAUGGACCGUAGUCUCCUGCCUGAGGGAGAGGGGAGAAUAGUUUGUGUCCAGGGUGAGAAGAGUCAGCUGUGAUCCGACCCACACGCCUCCUGGUCCUGGAGGAGAACAGGUCCUGGAGGAUCAAUUGGAGAUCAAUACCAAUCGCCAGGCUUAGACAUACUCCUACCACCCACUAAGAGUAUCCAUCCCUUGUGCACACUUGAACCAAAACUCCUGGAUUAACAUAUCACAUCUAAUCACAUUGAUGUAUUUAUUGUGGGAAUGUCCAAGCAUUCACACAUAUAAGAUUCUACACAAAAAAAAUCAUCUAUUUAUUAUUAUUAUUAUUUGUGGAAAUGUCCAAGCAUUCACACAUAAGAUUUUACAUCAAAAAAAUAAUUUAUUUGUUAUUACUGUAUUAUUCCGCCGCAAAAGUUUGGCACAGUUCUUAUCCGAUCAAAGUCGUUCGAUGAUUAUGAAAACGUUUGGCUCGACUGGAAAUCUUGAGCCCCAAAAAAUUUUCUAAAAUAUCCCAGAUUACUCAGAAUUCACGUUUAUCCGAGACGUUUUGAAAAUGAAUGGGCCGUUUUUCGAACGUGCACAAUUCCCACAUUUCUCAACCGAUUCGAACUGUUCCACCAUCCUCACACUCCACUCACUCCACUCACCAAUCAAACUACCAUUUUCCAGGAAUUCCCAGAAUUCCCGAUUUUCCCCGGCAGCUGAGUCUGCCAGCACCUCCGCUGGCAGUGUGCCCAGACACGCCCCUGCUCGCACUGAGCGCAGCACGCCCACCCAGCGACAAAGCUGCAGGCAAUCGCAAAUCCGCGCACCU